CUCCCUCUGCCUGUUGGAAGGGCUGAUGGUGCUGGGGGUUCUUGGGAUGAACCUGCUGUGUGGCUGGAGCUGGUGAGGGAUCCAGAGGUGAGGAUCCUGCUGGAGCUUUGUUUCCAGCUCUUGAGGGGGCUGCUUGGCUGUGCCCCCCUGCACUCCCACCCCCUGCACUCCCACCCCCUGUGCCUGUCACUGCACCCCCUGAGGCUGAGUCCUCCCCCACCCCAGUUCCCUUGCUGGUACCCUGCUGCUGCCCCAGCUCCCCAUGAGGAAUCCCCAGCCCCUCAGCUGCUGGAUGUGGCUCAGCCCACCCCGUGGGGCUGGGACAGGGGGGAGGCAACGAGGGGAACAAUUGAGUCACAUCUCUGAGCAGCUCCAAGUGUGUCCCCAGGCACAGGAGCCUGGCAGUGCCCUUGUCACCUCUUUCCUCCCAGUCAAAGUCCAUUGGGGCCUAAGAUUGGGACCAGUUUCAAGGGUACUUCUCAUGUUUCUUUGUCAACAAUGACAGGAAAUAAAGAGCAGUUCCCUGAGCAGAGGGGUGCAGGCAGCUCCCUCGGGACGUUGCUCACACGUUCCCUGCAGCUUGGCCCUGCUGUGAGUGGCUGCAGGUGACAGGGGUUCCCAGGGGGGGGACGGUGGCACCGAGGGGCCAGCCUGCCCCGGCCCUGCUCCUGGGCCUUUUUGGUCCCUGGGAUGUUCCUGUCGCAGCUGAGCUGCCCCGUGUCUGGCAGCGCUGGGAGCUGGUGGCACACGGAGGGUGCGAGCCCCCGCCCUCCGGGUGACCCCCGGACCCGGCCGGGGGACCCGCCAGCCCCCCCGAGGAUGAAGGCGCUGGUUCGCCUCUUCCUGGCGCUGGUGUGCGCGGCGGUGCUGGCCGUGCUCUACGUCCUGCUGUGCUCCCGGAUCAGCUCCCCACCCCUUUGCCGGCCCCCCGGGGAGCGGGGCAGCCCCGCGGCACCCACCGUCCUCAGCUUCCAGGGCUACAGCCGCGUCCCCAGCGGGAAGCCGCUGGAGCGGGCGCUGUGCCGCCGCUGCGCCGUGGUCUCCAGCUCGGGGCAGAUGCUGGGCUCGCACCUGGGAGAGGCCAUCGACGGGCAGGACUGUGUCCUGCGCAUGAACCACGCGCCCACUGCCGGCUACGAGGAGGACGUCGGGGCACGGACCACUGUCCGGGUGGUGUCACACACCAGCGUCCCGCUGCUGCUGAGGAACCAGCCCUACUUCUUCCAGCAGUCUCAGGAGAGCCUUUACGUCAUCUGGGGGCCAGCAAAGAAGAUGAACCGGGAGAAGAGGGGCUCGACCUACCAGGCACUGCUGAAGGUGGUGCAGGUGUACCCACACCUGCAGAUCUACACCCUGACCGAGGAGAAGAUGACGUAUUGCGAUGACAUCUUCCAGAAUGAGACAGGGAAGAACAGGAUGCAGUCAGGUUCCUUCCUGAGCACGGGCUGGUUCACCAUGAUCCUGGCCAUGGAGCUGUGCGAGCAGAUCUACGUCUUUGGGAUGGUCAGCGACAGCUACUGCAGGGAGAAGAACCACUUGAGUGUGCCCUACCACUACUUCGAGAGGGGCCGGCUGGAUGAGUGUGGGAUGUACCUGCUGCACGAGCGGGUGCGCCGCGGCGGGCACCGCUUCAUCACCGAGAAAGCCAUCUUCUCCCGCUGGGCCAAGAGGAGGAACAUCACCUUCACCCACCCGUCCUGGGCAGGCAAGUAGGGUGCCAGCUGUGAGGCAAAGCCGUGGGAACCCUUGGCAGUGGGGCAGCUCUCAUCCUGCAACAACACGUCCCUGCUCGCCGGUGCCGUGGUUGACAGCACUUUGCUGAGCUCCCAGAGCAGGGAGUCUCUGCAGCAACGGGGCCGGUUCCCCCAGCUGGUGGGUGGGCUGGGACCCCUCAUGUUGGUGCAUGGAGGUACGUGAGCUGGACCCACAGAGCCUGGUCGGCUCCCAACACCUGCCCAGGUGGACCCAGGGCAACCACGAAGGUUUUCUGCCCGCUCUACUGGGAUGAGGAUUCAAAUGCAGGAUUAAGGAUUCGUGCUGCCAGGCUGCAGCACAACAUGGGAUGGGAGAGCUGGGGCCCACCAGGGCCACCAGCUGGUGCUUCUCCCAGGGAUGAAGCUUCAUUAUAGUCCCUGCCCUGAUGGUGCUCAGUGUGUGAUACAGGGAGCUGGGUCUGGGCUCCCCCAUCCUGCUGCCUUCUGCUGCUCCACCAGGGGCUCUGAGUUGCCUUGUCCCAAGUGCCCUUGGAUUCAGACCAAAGCAAACGUGGCCAUUAAAAGUGGUUUAUAACUCA